AGGCGACGAGCGGGGCUCAAAGUUCAAAAAACUGAAGCGUACGUUAAAGGCGUGGUUCGUUGGGUUCGCGUUGUCGCGAGUGCGGCGGCCCUUCCUGUUUAGUCAGCAUUGGUAUGCCUCCAUAGCGUCGGGCACGCGGUUAUGAAUCGGCCGGAACCACUGUGCUGAACCGCACGAUGAGGCGCGGCGGCGAAGCCGUUGGUGCCGCCGCGCUACCCGUCGCACUUUUCCUGCUGCUGUCUUCGAUCGGGCCGUGGUCGACGUGCAAUGGGCAGCAGUGGAAGAAUGACCCAAACCGGAGGUAUCCCGAUCCAGCGACGCCGGACUUCUUGCCUCGGAACCGAGCCCCGCCAGGUCCCACGCUGUACCGUGCCGACCUGAGGCCGUCCGGACUCUACGAGCGGACGGACGACUUUCAAAAGUACAGCGAUGGACGGUGCUCGAUACGGACGACCUCGACGCCGACAAUGUACAGAACAGCAAAAACUCCGAUCGGUGUUUUUACGGGAAGGAUCGUCUACCUGUGCGACCUUCCCGAGUUCACGCGCACCGACCAACGGCCGGCGUCGCAGGGCGGCAUCGACCACAGGAACGACAGGCUGGAGUACCCCUCCAGCGCGGUGGCCUACCUGGGCAUUCCGUACGCCCAGCCGCCACUCGGACACAACAGGUUUAGGGAACCUCAGGCUCAUGGUCCCUUGGGAAAUGUGCAAGCCCUGAAUUUCAGGGACUCGUGUAUACAACACAUUGACUACAAAGGUCAACACAUGGGCGUCCCCUCUACCAGCGAAGAUUGCCUCUACCUUAAUAUCUACACACCUAAUCUGGCCGAUAUGAAUCGUCGGUUUGCUGUCAUGGUGCACAUACAUGGUGGUGAAUUUGAUCAUGGGUCUGGAAAUUUGUUUCCUGGUCACAUGCUGGCUGCUUCACAAGAUGUUGUUGUGGUCACCUUCAAUUACCGUCUAGGUGCUUUAGGGUUUCUGGCAACGGGGGAUGGUGCUUCGCCAGGCAACUACGGUCUGCUAGAUCAAGCAGCUGCCAUCCAGUGGGUGCGAGACUACAUUGCAGGCUUCUCCGGAGACCCAUCUCGUAUCACCCUGUUUGGUCCAGGCGCUGGAGCAGCCAGUGCUGGCCUCCAUUUGGUCCAUCAGAUGAACAAACGCAAUUUGGCCUUUCAGCGGGUGAUAGCUUCUGGUGGAUCUCCGGUGGCCGAGUGGGCCUUGGACCAAGACCCUAUACGGAUGCGCAACAUGAGCUGGCUGUAUAGUGAGAAGGUGGGCUGCUAUGGCGACAGCACCUGGCGCCUACUCGACUGCCUGCGUAGCAAGGGGAAUAGCAGCUCUGAGUUCACUUUGGCCACUGUCGAGCCAACAGUGGGACGUCUACCCUGGGGACCCGUCUUGGACCGUCACACACGUUCAGACAGUAUCGUGUUCGUGUCCCCAGAAGACUACCUUCGAGACCUCGCACCUGAGGAGGCCCAUCGGUUUAGUAGCCAGGUGGCGUACAUGACUGGUGUCACACGUGACGAGGCAUCCUACAUUGUCAAACGAGACAGAGAACUCAAGAACAACCGUUACAUCAUGACACCAGACACAUUUCGAAUGUACCUGAAACGCUAUGCCCGCCAGUUCAACUACACGCUCAAUGAGGAAGCUGCCAUCAGUGCCUUAUCCUUCAUGUAUACUCCAUGGAGUGAUCAGGACAAUCAGACCCUCCUGAUGAGGGGAUACGUUGACAUGCUCUCGGACUCCUACUUUGUGGCCCCUCAUGACAAGGUGAUGAAGCUUCUACUGGACAAAGGUUUUCGUGUCUAUGCUUACGUGGUGAACUACACUCUUGAGAGCUAUCCUAGGUUGCAGUAUGGCAGACGCGUCUAUGACUGGGAUGAAAUACCACAAAGCAUGGUUGACCUGAUGGUGUCCGGUGCACCAUUCAUGGACCCAAAGUUCUACCCUGACAACCUGGAACUGAAUGACGUCCUCUGGAGCGAGGGAGACCGCAACAUGAGCCAGCUGUUUAUGCAGGCCUGGGCAAACUUUGCCAAAACUGGAGACCCAAUGGGGGGCACCUCCUUGUUUGGGUCCAUCCGCUGGGAUCCCGCCAGGCGGGGUCUGCUACAGUACCUGUGCAUCAAUGGCACAUACUACGAAGCACUAAAUUCCUCGAGCUUCAUGCUGCACGACUACCGGCAGAAAGAGAGCCAGUUCUGGAAUGCCUACUUGCCCGAGCUAGCCCUCCGUCCGGCGCCAACCUGGCCGCCCUGGGACGAGCCGCUGCUGCGGGAGAACCGCCUCGUCACCGCCUCUCUCUGGGGCGUCACGGCCGUUGCCUGCCUCCUGCUCAUAUUGGCAGUGGUCGCGUGCUGCUGCUACUGCAAGGCUGCUAGCCGUCAUCUGGUCGACGAAGAUGAUAUUCCGCACGCCUCAAUGCAUUCCCUGACGGAGAGUACCUCUAGCAUAAGAAGAAUGGAGUUCAAAAACAAAUAUGCUACGCCUGAAGAUCAAGGAGAGCUAAGGUCUCUCAAGAACACCAGUGUGUGAUUGUCGCCGGCACAGGCAGCGCAGCGUGCCCGUGUAAUAUUGAAGUCCCUGUGCCUUCUACUAGUGGCAAGCAGGGUAGGGGCAGUCUGAAUGAAUUGCUUCAGAAGAGAGCGCUUUGUCAGUUCCUUUGUGCCGGUCAUUUCGAAAGUCGUUUCGGCUGACUGCCACUUUCAUCCGAACACAGCCAAGCGAAGCUGCCAACCCAGUCGAGAGCAGGUGUUGGAAGGAAUCGUUGACGAAUACCACGCUACAGGAAUCACCCUUGCAGCAGCGUGCGAGGUCACAAAUGUGGCACAAUAUCCGGAACAUUGUGAAUGGUGCUUCAAAGCUGUGCAACUCAUGAAAAUGUGACUGUGCACGGCCUGUAUUGAACACACCAGCACUGUAGGUUGGUUCUUCAGUUGUUCUAUACCAGCAGCUCCAUUGCUUGUUAACAUACAUGCAACUGCACGUAAAACGUGCGAGAUGAGCAUUCGACGCCAACAAAGUUGUUAAUUUCACAUAAUCUGUUUCACACUUGUAAGCAUUGGUCACACAUAGGCCACAUACGGGCCGCUUAUUGGUAACAUACUGGUUGUGUUUGUAGCUACACGAGUUAAGAUGAAGGCUAGAUUUUAAAUGAUAGUAAUGUUAAAAGAAAUAAAAAAACUGCCACCUUUAAUCAAUUGGGCUGUGGUGCCCACAAUAAGAGUGUGUGGCUUCAACUUGAACACAAACGAAGCCAUAUGUGUCAUUUCUCUAUGAUCUCGAAGCUGUAAGUGAGAACGAGGCGAGCUAUUACUACCCGCAGCUUCUGUGAAUGUUACGUGUUACGAGUUGAAUGUUGUUUGUGAACUCACAUUCCAUAGCUCACAAAGUGGACAUGAGCAGUGUCGUUAUAGUAAGCUGAUCAGAACCAUUAGGUAGGUACAGAGUCAAAAGCCACUGGCAUGUGUGGUGUUAUGUUUUUACUGUUACCUAAUUCAGGGCUUGAAAUUUUAUGAAAAAAAGAAGUGUAAAAGUCCUUGCCACCUUCUAAAUACAGAUUUUGUGGUGACACUUGGAAGCUGCAUCUUUUUACAGCUAUCGCAAAUGUAGCAUUCACCAAUGUACAAAUGAACUAUUGUGUGUGAUCUAAAUGAGGAGUGCCUGCGGUGCGUUUCAUAAAGAGCUCCAUACUAUUUUCUGCUUUCAUUCACUGCCAAUGAACAAACCUAUGUAUGUGUGCUGUCAUAACCUCUGGUUGCAAGCCCUCAGAAAAUCUAAUUGUGAAAGCGCCACAAACUUCCAUGACGAAGUUAAAGUUCAGGAACAAGUGGGCUGUCAGUGAAGUGUGCUUGUGAGUACGGAAAUACAGGCUAACCAAUUCUGUGCUCUGCAUCAUUGAACCCGAGUGAUUAUCUUAGCAGCACUUCCAGCCGUGUGAAGCUAUGACAGUUCCCAGCAGCGGUCAGACUGCUUAAUUACUGAGGGCACAAAAUGGUGUACUGCCAAGAUGGUUUAGUCUCUGUAUACAUAGUCAGCCUUACUAACAUCAAGAAUUGCUGUGAAAUGUUCAGUACACUGCAAGAGGUUUUCACAUUCUGUCCAUUCACUAAGCAGAGGGCAUGAAAAGGCCACCAUAUCCCCAUCAGGCACCUAUUAAUUCGAUCUGUUGAAAAUUUAGUUCUGACUCAUUUCGUCACAUGCGUGACCCUGUUGGCGUCGCGACUUGCAAAGAAGGGACCAGGAAGGCCCAGAGUGAGGGAUUGUUUUUUGAAUUUGUGGCUUCCCCACAGUGUGUAGUGCUGCCUGUUCGCCCAAUGUGAUUAUCACAGGUUUCUGUACACAAUGAGCAUGUUUGUUUAAAAUCUGUUCAAAAUGUCAGAGGUAGUUCAGGGGCCCUAUAAACCUUAUUAGUAAUUUUAUUUCAUGCUGUGUCUGAGUUCUCGAAAAUUACCUGAGGUGCAAAGACAGUAUGGACUAUUUCACAUUUCUUGCAUGAGAAACAGCAAGCCACUUCAGAAAUUGACCUAGUGUGCAUCAUUACUGUAAAAAAACAAUGAAAAAAAGAGGAAACACUACAUGACAACAUACUGGCAUUGCACAAAUCAUUGAGACCUUUAUCUUUCAGCUCUUGUCUCUGACAAACUAGGCACAUAUUAUUGAUUUCUGGAGCAUAGGUCUUAUCAGAUAUUUCUGAAGAUACAUUUCAAACAUCUUUAUUUCCAUUCAUGCCUCUGAUACUGCGGCAUGUGCUACUGUACACAAGGUGCCUGAAGGGAAUGAUGCCUUUCAUGUCUCGGAGCAGCUUCUUAGUUGUUUCAUAAUAUGAGCGCAAAAGUUGUGUGCAAUGAAGAUGCUGCCACUUAUGAACUAUCUUAGUUGCUGUCGUAUUGCCUUCAUUGUAUAUCGCGAAGCAAGAAUAUGUUGUCUUGGCCCUUGUUGAAAUCCAACACCUAAUUUAUUUUAUUCAUCCAUUCCACAGCGAAGUGAAAAUGCAAAAUGCAUUCAGUUCAUUCUUUCAUGCUAUAAGCAGAGAGCUGUAGCAAUUUGCGAGCCUUUAGUCUGUGCAAAUGUCUUCUGCACCUAACAGUCGUUCUUGCAAUGUGCAAUGUUUUGUAUUGUUGCUGCCAGAUUUUUUUUUUUUUACUUCUGUAUGUGGAGUGCCAUGCUCUUUUACAGAUUCACAUCUAUAUGGACUCAUUUCGAAAGGUCUUGUUUUGCCUGAUGUCUUAUGUGCAUGCAAAUGGCAUAGUAAGUACUGUAUUUACUCGUGUAAGGCCCACACUUCUUUUCUUGAUCUUUACCGGGUGCAUGCCUUACACGAGGCAGGCUUACGACUACUUACUGAAGCCUUGCACUGCGCUCAGACUGCUAUGCAAAUAAAUGCAACUACUCAGCCAACUAUAAACACAUUUACAGUCACCGACUGAUUUUUCGUAAAUGGACUUGUGCCAUCUUGUAGCAGCUUGCGGGAAUUAACCAGCACACGAGUAUGCGUGUGACCACAUAGUGAAACUUUUUUUUUCUCGCACUCAAACAUGUGGGUGUGGGCCUUACACAAAUAAAUACGGUAUGUGCUUGGGCAAAAUGGUGCUAAAUACUGAAAAACAGUCAAACAUCAAAUGAAAGUCAAAGGCAGCGUGGACAAUUGAAAAAAUAAUUGAAUUAUGCUAGUGCCGUGUGAGCUAGUGCUACUAAGUUAUAAAAAAUCUACUGAAUGAAUGUCUACUGUUAAGAAAGGCAGCCCUUAUGAAGAAUGCAGGAUAACCAAUGCUUGCCCACAAAAAUUGCCGACAUAUUUUUGAAGUGGUACAUAGUGACUUGGUCUGUUUACCACAAUGUGUACGUGUUAUGUCAUAGUGUCUAAAUGUUUGAGUGACAUAUUUGCAGCUCUAAACAUGGAAUGGGAAAUAGCAUGAGAAUUUGUCCUAUAUCAUGUUGUGUUCGAUCUUUCGCAUCGUAAAUAUUUCACAUAACUCAAGUGACCAACUAGCCUGGCUUAUUGCUUCGUUUGCUUGGAUUUUAUUGACAGCAAAUUUAUGUUCACAUAAAAUUCUUUCUGUAGUGAAACACUACUUUUUAUACAAAUCUUAGUGAAAUCUAGAAUGUCAAAGUAACCACAAAAUAUGAAAUCAAUUAUUUCCUCACCCCUAGUGAACAUUGUUCAGAAUAAGGUAAAGUGCUCAUGCAAUUUGUGUCUAAGUACGUACAUAGUUGCUUUUCGUCAAGUCGGCAUGAAUUCUCAUUUCUGUGAAGCCAUUUAUUUUUUUGUUUUUGUCAUCUUUGAACUCUGACCUGAAAGUGCUGAACUUCCUGCCAGGACAAUCUGUGCUGUAUUAGUGUUUUACACUACAUCAAUGACUGUGAAUGCUUAUAAUACCGGUGACAUAGAAGUUAAGUUGCAUAAAUCAGCUUGCCAACUCUCAAUGGGGAAGUUGUCAAGCUCACAGGUGAAAAAAAAAAGAAAAAGUCUCAACAGUGUGGUAAAUUUUAUCUUGCAAACAUCAGCUUGCCAUGUUUUAUGUAGCCAUCUGUGGUGAUUCCGUCCAUAGGCAAGUGUUGUGCAUGCUUCUAAGCCUUGUUAGUAUUGACCAAUUCUACAAACUCUUUUAUACAAACUUUAUAUUUACUGUUUACAUUUUACAUGUAAAUGUGCUUGCUACGUCACUUGUACAGCACUCUUAUGCAAUCUGUGUGACCACUUUCAUUGUCAUUGUGCCCUUGAAUAAACACAUUUUUUUU